AUGCUGCGAACAAUCGUGAUAGUGAUUUUGGCCACCGGAAUGGCGCUCGCCGUGCCAAUCCAGAAUUCGCCCGCAGCCGUUGAGAGGCCCUCCGAGGGUGCAACGCGGUUGGAGUCGGUAGACAGCAAAAGUGCAGUGCCGGCGAGUGCCGCGAACGACCCGGAAGCGGACCGUAACAAACGUCACCUUGGGUUCGGUGGAAUCGGUAUCGGCGUGGGACUGAUCGGUGGUGGUGUCGGCAUCGAUCCGUACGAUCAGUUCGGCUACGGAGGCGGAUACGGGGGACACUAUGGUGGUGGCUACGGUGGACACUACGGCGGUGGAUACGGUGGACAUUAUGGCGGUGGCUUCGGUGCUCCGUACGGUGGCGGAUUCGGAGGACCGUACGGAGGAGGCUUCGGAGGGCCGUACGGUGGAGGUUUCGGAGGGCCGUACGGUGGAGGUUAUGCCAACGGAUACCAGUACGGCUACGGAUCGGGAUACAGUAGUGGAUUCUUCGGCUAG